CCCCUGUUACCCUCUCCAGUACGCUCAAUAGAAGAAGCUCGAAGUGUUUCAGAACUGUUCACGGCUGGGUGAUACGCAAGAAAACGGGACAUUGAAUCAGAGACAGUUUAGCAAGUAUCUAAUUGAAAUGAAAUCAAUAACUGGAGCCGCGUUUCUCAGCUGAACAGUUUUUCGCUAAACUUCUCAUUCGUUAUCCGAUGCAAUGUCAUAGUACAGCUUGGUUAAUUAGCUAGCGUAGACGUAUGCUUAGACCUAUUUUACCAGUAGCAAGCUAGCUAAAAUGAAAUGAAAUAAACGAGCUAUUACAUUAUAUAAAUCAUAUACCGAGAUUUGACAGAUUCCCACGUAUAUUUAGCGAGGUUUAGAUAUAGCCUAGCCUACAUCGUUUCUAUAAAAUCACCAGAGUUCGUGUGUGUUUAUUUGUUUUUAUCAUGGAACAUACGGAAACCGACCGCGACUCAAUAGUGACUUCCAAUUCACGUGGUCGCGUCUCUUUCUGGAGAAAUAUAAGCGGUUUUUGGUUGCUUGGACUGUCAAACAACUUUGCCUAUGUAGUCAUGUUGAGUGCCGCCCAUGAUAUCCUGAAACAACAGGAGACGCGCAACACCACAACGAACACCCUAUCUGCAUCACUCAUUACUCCUGAGGGAAGGAAUAACAGCAACAGCAGUCGCUAUGACUGUAACCCAGUUUCUACUGCGGCUGUGCUCCUUGCGGACAUUCUCCCCACUCUCCUCAUAAAAUUGGCUGCACCUUUCUUCAUCCACAAGUGUCCUUAUGGGAUCCGCGUUUUGCUGUGUGUCGCUGCGGCAACUUCCAGUUUCCUGUUGGUGUCCUUCUCUUCCUCCGUGGGGAUGAGCAUUCUGGGAGUCAUCUUUGCCAGUUUUGGGGCUGGAUUUGGGGAGCUGUCAUUCCUCUCUCUCACAGUGUUUUUUGACAGGGCGGUGGUGGGGGCCUGGGGGUCUGGCACUGGUGGAGCAGGAGUGGCGGGGGCGUUGCUGUACUCUGUUCUCACACUCAAGCUGUCGCCCCGGGCCACGCUACUGGUUAUGCUGGUAGUCCCUGUCAUAAUGGCGGUCAGCUAUUUUAGCCUUCUGGAGUUCCCGUCCUCUUUUCCACAAUGGCAGAGCAGAAGAGGGGAGCGGCUGCUGCAUGACGCCAGCCCUCAGGAGAGACGGCCCCUGAUGACAGAGGACCCUGACAAAGCCGAGCAUGAGGAAGAUGAGGAGAAGGAGGAGAGUGCUCCUGGCCCAGGACCUCCCGCAGAUGCAGGGGAUCUGACUUGCAGGGACAGGCUUGUUGUUCUCAGAGGUCUGCUGAAGUUCAUUAUCCCUCUGAGUGUUGUGUACUUCGCCGAGUAUUUCAUCAACCAGGGCCUGUUGGAGCUGCUGUUUUUCCCAGGAUUUUACCUGUCCCAUGCAGAGCAGUAUCGCUGGUACCAGACUCUGUACCAGAUUGGAGUUUUCAUAUCACGAUCGUCUCUUUUCUGUAUGAAGAUUAGGAGGGUGUGGAUCCUCUCUGUACUGCAGUGUGUGAACGCUGCAUUGCUGUGCGUGGCUGUGUACGCUCAGUUCCUCCCCAGCGCAGCUGUCGUUUUUGCCAUAGUUGCUUAUGAGGGUUUGCUUGGCGGCGCAGCCUAUGUCAACACCUUCUAUUUCAUCAGCAAGGAAACCGGAAGCAGAGAGCGGGAGUUUGCCAUGUCAACCGCCAGUGUAGGAGACAGCUUUGGCAUCACUCUCUCCGGCCUGACCGCCAUCCCCCUGCACAACUACUUCUGCUCUCUGUGAGGGAGACCGAGACAGGGAGAUGCAUGAAACCUAACCCUAACCCACCCGCCCUUUACAAUGACUUCUGCUCUCUGUGAGGGAGGCCAACAGGGGAUUGGCGUUCCUUCCACAGGCUCUGCCUACUGUGCUCCAGUUAGAAUACAGUGCCUUUCAACACAGUGCACGUUCAUUGGACGUUAUGUCUUGCUUUUUCUCUGAAAGUUACAGGGGUUGAACAAAAUAAUCAAAAUAACACAAACAUCAACACCAUGAAAAAUGUCUUAAUACCAACUAGAUGACAAUUGUAAAGUCAGCUACACAGAUUAAUCACAUUGUUUUGAAUGCCUGUUAUCAGUUUGUACCUGCUCCCAAAGAGGUCUGACAAUUAGCAGUUUCAUGGGCAUUCUGACCACCACAUGUGUGGCUGAUUUCUGAAAUGCUUCCAAUCACCAAGUAAUUUUUAAUAUGGUGUCUUUUAUUUUGUCCAACCCUUGUACAUUCCUUUGUGGGAUUGCUGUUACCUUCCUGUCGAUAACUAUAAUUUAAUUCUGUUGAUGACAAUCAGCUGUGAAUGAAUUUGCACUAACAAUUGCUGGACUGUAUUUGCUUUUGUAUCUAAUGAUUUGAUAUCGUUUACAUUGGUUUACAUCGGUUGUAGGGUUUAUUGAUGUAAUGGUUGAUCUUGUCUUUUAUGUAGUUGUUUGCAUUGAAUUGUAUUCCCUGCGAGUGUACAAGUUUUACUUGAUUUUUAACAUAAAGACCAAAGAAGGAAUAGACGCACAGUAGGUCCAACAGGUUAGAAUAGACCUGUAAACAAACUGACUUAAGUAUAACUGACUCAGAGAUUGAAAGGAUUUAAGAAGUAUUGUAUUUUUAUUUCCACUAAAUACUAGUACUAGUAUCACUGGUUAUUAUUAUUGUAUUUAGGACAUGUUUUGGAGGAGAACCAUGAACGUCCUUUCUCUCCCAAUUGGGGAGAGGGACCACAAAACCUGGCUACAUUUGCAAAUAGCGAAUUAUACAUUUCAAAUUCGGGUGGGAUUUGGACAUGCACAGCGCCACUUUACAGCGUAUAAAGUUAAAGUACAUUUUUAAACAUUUUCUAAAGAAGUGUAAAGUCCUUUUUAAAAAAAAAUUAUUUUUAUUAUUAUGAUGAUUUGUUUUGCUUUUAUUCUGAUGGGAGAAAGCAGAGGUGCUGUGACUCGGGUGUUUCUGACGCAAUGAAAAGCUGUCACUAAUUUUAUUUUUAUCUUUUUACUUUGCCUUGUUUUAAGAUGAUUGUGAUAAAUUUCUGACCGAUUAAAUUGUAAUAUUCUGACAUGAAUGAAAGAUGUGCUUUGAUGUGUAAUGUUCACAGUCAUGGACAGAGAGGGCAUUAGUGACUGGCACCUCUAGCACUGCUGCUGGUAGCUGUCAAUCAAGUCUGCACUACUUACACCGUGUUUCUCUUGGAGCUAAACGUUCCCCCUCAUUGGGACUUCGAUCCCUGAUCUUUGCACAUUGUGAUGUUUAUAUAUUGCUGGACUUUAUAUAUUGGUGGCUUUAGAGUAAAUUGGGUUCGGGUUUACAGUGAAUUACUUGUGCAGGUUGAAUUUUCUACGCUUUACUGAGCUUGUCGGGUGUAUUGGAACCUAUUAAAUAUUCUUGAAAAGUGUAAAAUUCCGGUCCUCUUGAUUGGCUCAAUUGCACCAGGCAAGAUCGAUUGGAGCACUGAAAGCUAUUUAAAUCCAAAACAAUGACGUAUUUGACCCAGGUCUGAUUAGACUACUGAAGGCUAAGUUGAUGGCAUAUUCCAGAGACCGAUUGGUUUGGAAGGCAAGCUAGACUGAGUCCAUCUAUAAAUGGCCAAUAUAAUUGCCAAUGACGUCAGGAAAAGCUGUCCAGGUCACUUGUAAUGGUGUACUGGAUUCCUGGAAGCCCUGUAGGACUUUACAUUGGCUGAGAGAGGCAAAGAUGACGAUGAACACUGGAUCCAGCAGGACAGAGACAGCACAGCAGGGUGGAUUUAAGGUAGCUGUCUCCCUUUCCUCCAAAAUGGAAAAAAGGGCAGAGAGAGAGGGAAUGGGAUUGUAUCAUCAUUUCGUGAAAGAUUUUUCAGGUUUUUCUAUAAUGCUAUGGAGUGAACUGUGAAUUGGUGCUCCUUGUUUUUAUUUGUUUUAUUCCCUAUAGCUGACAAAAAAUAACUAAAUAAAAAUAUUCUUAUCACAAAA